GAACUCUUGCUGCAACUUUUUUGAGACCUGCAAAAGACUUCAAAUUAUUUUCCUCUUUCAUCGCAGAAAAUCGGAAAAUACUACGUGAUUCCCAGGUCUAAGCUUGACUUUUCCAGCUGACUCUGUUCUACCUGUCAGCAGAUGGCAAAUGAAGCAAAGCCAUGUCCUUGUCAUAUUGGUGAUCGGAUGGACUAUGGAGGGCUUGGAGAGGAGGUCCAGAUUGAACACACCAAAGCUUACCUGGUGAAACCAUCAGAGGCAUCUGACAAGGCCAUCAUCGUCAUACAGGACAUCUUUGGGUGGCAGCUUCCCAACACAAGAUACAUGGCUGAUAUGCUGGCUGCCAACGGAUACAUUGCUGUGGUUCCUGAUUUCUAUGUUGGAAAGGAGCCGUGGGGUCCAUCAGAUGACUGGUCCAAGUUUCAAGAGUGGCUUGAAGACAGAAAGCCCACGGAAAUAAACAAAGAGAUGGAUGCAGCGCUGAGGUUCCUGAAGGGGCCGUGUGGGGCCAAACACAUUGGAGCAGUGGGCUUCUGCUGGGGAGGGGUUGCCGUACAUUACCUUGCCCUGCAAUAUCCAGAGGUCAAAGCAGGAGUGUCAGUCUAUGGGAUCGUCCGUGAAAGAGAAGACAGGUAUGAGCUGAAGGUUCCUACACUCUUCAUCUUUGGGGAGAAAGAUGAGGUUAUCCCACUGGACCAGGUGAGUGUCCUGGAAGCGAAGCUGAAGGAGAAGUGCACAGCGGAUUACCAGGUGAAGAUCUUUCCUGGACAGACUCACGGGUUUGUCCACCGCAAGAGAGAGGACAUCAACCCCACGGACAAACCCAGCAUCCUGGAGGCUAGAGCGGACAUGCUCAACUGGCUCAACAAGUACAUGUAAACAAGUGUCAAAUGGUACUUAAAGAAUGUUUCUACAGUCAGGUCCAUAAAUAUUUGGACAUUGACACAAUUUUCAUCAUUUUGGCUCUGUACAAAACCACAAUGGAUUUGAAAUGACACAAUCAAGAUGUGCUUUGAGUGCAGACU